GGCCGUCCAUCCGGGGGGCGCUGCUGUCCCUCCUUGACCACUACGACUGGAACAAGUUCGUCUUCCUGUACGACACCGACCGGGGCUAUGCCAUCCUGCAGGCCAUCAUGGAGAAGGCGGGCCAAAACAACUGGCAGGUCAGCGCCAUCUGCGUAGAAAACUUCAACGACGCCAGCUACCGGCGGUUGCUGGAGGACCUGGACCGGCGGCAGGAGAAGAAGUUUGUGAUUGACCUGGAGGCUGAGAGGCUGGGGAACAUGCUGGAGCAGAUCGUCAGUGUCGGGAAGCACGUCAAGGGCUACCAUUAUAUCAUGGCCAACCUGGGUUUUAAGGACAUCAACCUGGAGCGCUUCAUGCACGGCGGGGCCAACGUGACGGGCUUCCAGCUGGUCGACUUCAGCAACCCCAUGGUGAUCAAGCUGAUGCAGCGCUGGAACAAGCUGGAUCAGAGGGAGUACCCCGGCUCCGACGCCCCGCCCAAGUACACUUCAGCACUGACGUAUGACGGAGUGAUGGUGAUGGCCGAGGCCUUUAGGAACCUACGCAGGCAGAAGGUGGAUAUCUCCAGACGGGGCAAUGCCGGCGACUGUCUUGCCAAUCCUGCUGCCCCAUGGAACCAGGGCAUCGAUAUGGAGCGUACCCUCAAACAGGUCCGGCUGCAGGGAUUAACAGGUAAUGUCCAGUUUGACCACUAUGGCCGCAGGGUCAACUACACAAUGGACGUGUUUGAACUGAAGAAUAAUGGACCCAGACGGAUCGGCUACUGGAAUGAUGCAGACAAACUGGUGCUGAUCCAGGACUCGCCCCUGCUUCCCAACGACACGUCUGGCAUGGAGAACCGCACUGUUGUGGUCACUACCAUCAUGGAGGGUCCCUAUGUGAUGCUUAGAAAGAACUGGGAAAUGUACGAGGGCAAUGACCAGUACGAGGGAUACUGCGUGGACCUGGCCUCGGAGAUCGCCAAGCACAUUGGCAUCAAGUACAAGAUCUCCAUCGUCCCCGAUGGAAAGUACGGCGCCCGGGACCCAGAGACAAAGAUCUGGAACGGCUUGGUCGGGGAGCUGGUGUACGGGAAAGCGGAAAUCGCUGUGGCCCCGUUGACUAUCACGUUGGUCCGGGAGGAGGUGAUUGACUUCUCCAAGCCCUUCAUGUCGUUGGGCAUCUCCAUCAUGAUCAAGAAGCCCCAAAAAUCCAAACCGGGGGUGUUCUCCUUCCUGGACCCGCUGGCCUACGAGAUCUGGAUGUGCAUCGUGUUUGCCUACAUCGGCGUGAGCGUGGUGCUCUUCCUGGUCAGCCGCUUCAGCCCGUACGAAUGGCACACCGAGGAGCCCGAGGAGGGCACCGACGGUCCGCCAAGCGACCAGCCCCCCAAUGAGUUUGGUAUCUUCAAUUCCCUCUGGUUCUCCCUGGGUGCCUUCAUGCAACAAGGCUGCGACAUCUCCCCCAGGUCAUUAUCGGGUCGUAUUGUGGGAGGAGUUUGGUGGUUCUUCACCCUCAUCAUCAUCUCAUCCUACACGGCUAACCUGGCUGCCUUCCUGACUGUGGAGAGGAUGGUCUCCCCCAUAGAGAGUGCCGAGGAUCUGGCCAAGCAGACGGACAUUGCCUAUGGCACUCUGGACUCUGGCUCCACCAAAGAGUUCUUCAGGCGGUCAAAGAUUGCCGUCUAUGAGAAGAUGUGGGGCUACAUGAAGUCAGCCGAGCCCACGGUCUUCACCAAGACCACCGCGGAGGGCGUGGCACGAGUCCGCAAGUCCAAAGGGAAGUACGCCUUCCUCUUGGAGUCCACUAUGAAUGAGUACACAGAACAGCGCAAGCCCUGCGACACCAUGAAAGUGGGAGGCAACCUGGACUCCAAAGGCUAUGGAGUAGCCACACCCAAGGGUUCACAGUUAAGGUGGGUGGAAUAGUGUAACAAUAUGUUCUACGUGUUGUUAUGGUAUUCCACCUUCCCUGGUGUGCCGCCUUUUCUAUCUUUCUAUCUCUGUCUCCUCUUAUUGCUCGGUUGCGGGUGGGCGGGGGCGUUUCACAUGCUUCUUUGAAGGCAGAGGCUUUUUGACGUCUGUGUUUGUUGCAUGCAUGUGGGGAUUCACUGUGAUGAUGGAGGGGUGUUGUUCAUUUAUCAUUUUUGUUGCAGAUCUCCACACCAGGUAAAUCUUUGUGCUUGUGCUCAUUUUGAUUUUGCCAAGGAUAUGUGGAAUGGCAUGCUGAAAUCACUAGUGCACUUGACUCAUCUGAAAAUGCUUCAAAACUUCGAUUUUAGAUAGUCUGCAUUUUUUUUUAACUAAUUAGUAUGAGAUGUUUGAUUCAUGCUACUUUAAGCAAUGGUUUGCUGUUUACUGGUUCUUAAUCUUGAUCCAAGUGACUGAAAUGCUGUUUUUGGAGCCAUUUGAAUGCUCAGCCCUGAGUGACUCUGCCAGACUUUGUCAUUGCCUUCUGCAUAUAGUGGAAUUUACAGACCUGACAGCGUACAGUGUCAUUAAUGUGUGGAGUUGCAUUUUCAAUCCAAGCUCUCAUCUAUCAAAACCAGCCAGCAAGGUCUCUCUGAGACGAAUGGUUACAUAUAAUGAAGGAAAAACCACACCUUGUGUUUUAAGUCUGCAGAUAACGAGAGAACAGGUGCACGAUUGCUUGCACUUCCAUUCCUUCUAGUGGAGGAAUGAGAAAAUCGUUGCACAGUGCUCUCAUUUUAUGAAAACGACUACAGACACCACAUUGUUCUAGAGGCAACUAGGCAAUUUUGCUGUAAACAUAGCAAGUAUUGGUUCUGUCAUUGAUUAAAUGUAAUUGGAGAGUGUGGGAAAACAAUGGCUAAACAUCUUUUUUUCUCCACCUUUGUGAAUACGUUAACUAUGUAGCGAUUUGUUAGAGUGGCUAACUCCUCACAGCCAAUAAAUCAAAGCCUCUUAGUUGUUUUCUGUAAAUUCCUCUGCUCGUGCCAAGUCUCUGAAAUAGAGCGGAGCAGGUGUUGGUUUGUUUUCCAGCCAGACUGGUGCCAGUUUUCCGCUACUGCUUUGACCACGAAGAGUCCCUGACAGAUCACGGUAGUCCUCCUCCAAGCCUCCAUCUUGUUCUUUUCGGGGAUUAUCAUCUUCUGUCAGUCACUUUUCCCAGAUAUCAGCAGGGAAACACACCAGCGACACAGAGCAGGCGACGCUGUCAGUCAAGGCUGCUAUUUCACACGGCUCCGUAAACUCCUAAUGUCUUAUCUUUUCAUCAGCUCAUAUUGAGAUUUUAGCUGUGUGGCUGUGCGUUUGACAUUUCUGAUGCAUUUCCAUUACUGACUGUGCUUUUUCCUUUCCUUUUUUUUCUUUUUUUUCUUUUUUUUUUUUUUUUACAUUGAUGCAAAUGAAUUAAAAGGAUCAAAACGCACGCUGAGGCAAAUCUCUCUCUUUCCACUAUCUCCCAAUGUCACUACAGCGGCUCAAAAAGAAUCCAUGAAAUUAUGGUACACAGUCAUUUUAAACAGAUUUUCAUAGACGUUUUAUGCAAGUCAAUCACGAUUUUCCACAAAGGCUUAAUGUUCAGAAAUCCUGUGAGGUUUGAAUUGGUUGACAUACAAAUGUACAUUCAUAAAACACAUUCAAAUUAUUCGGAGCUGCCGGUUGUUUCCUCGCAUGGCGUACACCAGGGUUUGACCAGUAUGAUUUUUUACUCUCCACACAGAAUAACAAUAAUACUAUCAGUUCUACUGCUACUUGUAAUAAUAAUAACGAUCACAUUCACGCAUACUGUGUGGGGAAUAAGGUUAAAAGACCAUACCAGUGAUUUUGAAUGUUGGGCCCAUUUAUUACAAUUUAUGU